AUGAUGGGAGAGCGGCAAGGUAGCAAUGCUUGUACAGUUAUUGCUGUUAGAUUAGGGGCCUAUUGUGUGCAUUAUAAUCUGGAUGUUUCCUUACUUUGGAAACAGUUACCACAGUUGUGGACAUCUUCAUUCAUCAAUGCAAUAUGUGACGGCAAUGACAUCUACGAUGACGUCUAUGGUGAUACAGCUGUUUACUUAGAUGUAGAAGAUGUAGUACAGUCAGUGGGCACAGAAUGUUAUCUACAAUCAGUAAGUUCAAUUUUUGGUUAUACCGAUGCUAAUGAUUUUCCUGAUCUAGCAGCAUGUAUCAGAAAUGUUCAGCAGCCAUCCUACGGGGUUCUUAUUGGCUGAGGUAAGUCUGUGGGAAUUAUAGUAGAAACUAAUGGCUCUUGUGCAUUCAUUGACAGUCAUAUUCACACGAGCAGUGGUGCAAUCAUUUUGAUGGCAAAUUCUCCCAGCAGUCUCGUUACUGAAAACUCAAGAAUUUUGCUGUAG